UUCAGUGUGGGAUCAGUGUUGACCAGCCGGCUGAGGAGAAAGUCGCGUGUCGUCAUCGUCUCUCAGGAUAAUUUGUGUCCGGAUUUAAAUCCGAAACUGGAUCUUAAUCUCCUCCUGCAGACCGACAUGGACGUGUUACUGAACACCUGUGGACGGAAAAGAGUCCAAACUGUGCUCUUUGUAUUCCUCCUCGUCGUAAACGCAGCAGCUGAGUGUCCGAAGCCUGAAGGAAAAGAAAGUAUCAUUUUAAGCGAAGCAGCCCUUUUGAUGAAUGACUUUCCCGAGGGCUCUGAUGUCACGUUAGAGUGUGGUAAUGGAUUUGAGCUAGAUAGUGGCUCUGGAGUUAUAACCUGCAUCGACGGGAAGUGGACUGAACCAGAUCUCAUCUGCAAAAAGAGAGACUGUGGUCCCCCUACACCUAUGCCCAAUAUGUCCUUUCGUUUGAGUGAAGGGACCCUGUUCAGAGCUGUAGCAAUAGUCAUUUGUGAUAAAGGCUACAGGGUCAUCGGAUCCAGUUACAAACAGUGCUUCGCGCUAGGGUGGAGUGGAAGAGCAAAAUGUGAAAUUAUAACCUGUAGUAAACCUGGUGGAGUGACCAAUGGCAGGAGCUCCUGGGAUUCUCAGGAUGAACCAAAAUACGGAGAGACUGUACAGUACGUCUGUGAUCAAGGAUUCAGUCUCACUGGGAAUGACAGCAUCAUGUGCACUGAAACGGGUGAAUACGAUGCCGAGCCUCCUAAAUGUGAAGGUGUGUCAACAGGUGAUAGAAUAACAAUGACAAUGUUUACACCAACACCUGCAACAACAGAACAAGGUGGAGAUAUUUUGACGACACUUUCACCUAUCAAAGACACAACUCAGAGAGAUACAACUGUUACAAGCAGUGCAACAAAUCCUCCACCUUCACUACAAGGUGGCAGAGGCAUUGUGACAGGUGAGGAUAAAGAUACUCCAACUGCUGUAGCAUCAACAACUUCAUCACAAGACAUGCAUGGUGCAACUGAUGAAAUCAGCCAGGAUAACGGACAUUUACCUGUUAUAAUCAGUGUGAUAUGCACUGCAACAGCGGUGUUUUUAGUUCUUAUCUUUAUAAACAAGUAUAUCAUGAGGAGAAAAGGCUCAUAUGACACCAGGGAGGACCUGAAGCCGGAGUUAUUACAGUUCCAAAAUCUUUAGAUUGCCCGCCUCACUAAGCUUCAUAAAUGGAACGCUGCCUAUCUGUUCAAGAGCAUCUGUGACCCCGGACAGACGUGCCGACAGAUUAUAGCGGCUCCUCUCGGGGUAGAAGAAGGGGAAAACUCACUUUACUGUCAAUGCACUUCAAAACAGCAGAUAACCCAAACUGCUGCGUUCGAGGCUCAUAAUUUAAAUCAACUACCGAUGAUCAGAAAAACACUUUUUGUAAUGAUUUAUUUUUUUAUGACCACUUUAUUCUAAGUAUUGUAAAUAGAUUGUGCCACUUUAGUUUCACUAUUUUGUAUUAUUGACUUAUUUAUGUUGUAAACUGGAAUUAACACUCUGGUCGUUGUAUUAUGAUAUUUCUAAAGCUAUUUAAACUUUUAAGUUCAGAGUUUUUAAGUGUUUUUGUGUUAUUAAUGUUGCUGUUUUUGUUCAUACACAUUUGUGUAAAAGGGAUACAAGCAGCGAACGCUGUGGUCAGUUCAGUUUGCAGACUGUAAGAGCGGCUGAUAAAGAUAUCAUCAGC